AUGUCUAGAGCCUUCACCUCCUCCCUUCGUGUCGUUGCCCAGGCAACCAGAGUUGCUGCGCCACAAAUGGCCAGAAGAUUGCCCACUUUGGCUGGUCCUGCUCGUUCUUUUUCAUCCUCCAUUGUGCGUGGCAACCAGUCCACUGCUGCUUUGCUUGAUGUUGUCAAGUCUGAAUUCAAGAUUGCCAACUCUAUUGAGAACGAAUUGGCUCCAGACCAUGUUGAAUUCUUGAAGGAAUCUGGAUUUGAGGUUUCUCAGAAACAGGGUGAGUCCAAUGUUCAGCUUCUGAAAAAGUUGGAAUCUGGUGAGAAACUCACUGUUUUCUUUGACAUUGACGAGGUUACUGACGUCUCUUUCGGUUCUCCUGAAGUCCCAGAGGAAGAGGAGGGUGCUGCCGAGGAACAGCUUGACGAUGAGCUUUACCAGUACGACUCCACUUUUGCCAACGUCAAGGUGUUGGUUUCCAACGAGUCCAACAACAACGGUUUGUUCUUCAACUUGAUGUUGCAGAGCUCUGAGGAGGAGUUCUUUGUUGACUACUUCAACUACAAGUCUGACGUUUCUGCUUUCUUGAACCAGGUUGAGAACAAGGGCACUUUCUUGGGUAACUUCGAGUACCAGGGCCCACGUUUCUCCAACUUGGACGAGUCCUUGCAGGCUUCCGUUGAGAAGUACUUGAACGACAAGGGUAUCGACUCUGCCUUGGCUGACUUCAUCUUCGGUUACUCUGAAGUCAAGGAGGAGGAGUCUUACAGAGACUUGUUGAAGGAUGUCUCCUCUUACUUGAAGGAGAACUAA